AUUGUGGGCCCCUGGAAGCUCAGGCGUUCUAGCAUUUUAUAAGUCCUGUCUAAUUGGUUGGGUCUGAGACUGAAAUGGAUUUAAAGGCACGGUAGAUAGAAGCAGAUGUCAACUACAAAAGUAGGCCCAUUGAGAUGACCAUCGAGGAGUAUACUAACGAUGCGAAUGAUGUAACCUUUAUUUUAUAAAGGUCGUGUCAUUUAUGUUACAUCCAAUGUGCGCUUAGCUUUCACCGACGUUCCUAUAAUCAGACACGGUAUAAGGUAUAUGUAUGUUAAUGUUGAUACCGUCUAUCUACGUUAUGUUGAUCAGAGUAACAGAAUAACUUAACGUGCAACUUGUGAACAUUAUCUAAUCUGAUACUGUAAUACUAGAGCUCUACUUUACUGAUGCAAAAUGGCUGAAAACAGAAAACCAACUCGGCCAACGUCCAUUAUGAAGAAGGAUAUGGAAGAUCCUGGACCAGUAGUAGACCAAGGUAACCAACAAACUCGUCUUUGUCAGAGUGACUUGGAAGGAGAAAUUGCAGGACAUCGUGCUGUGUUUGUCGGUGUUCAUGUACCCCUAAAGACAAAAAACAGACAUAAACAUAAACAUCGGAAUAAAAAGAAGAGAGGAAAUGGGGAGGACCAUGAAGAUGGAAAUGGGAUCACAAUCCAGAUAGGUGGAGGGACUCCACCAACACAACACAGAGCAGGCAAUAAUAUAUGACUUAUCUUCUAGCUUACGAAGAAACACAGCUCCGCGGGCGCUGCAACAGGUAACGCAACAAUGAUUUUCACUCGAUCCAUGUGCUUGUGGCGUCAAGUAAAUACCUGUACAGAAAAACCCGGAAACCCGGGGUUCACAACUUUUUGAAAGAAGAGUGCUGAUUGGCUGUAGACACGCCGCUUGGACUUUUAUUUUAAUGCAAUACGAUUGUUCUACGCCUACGUUAACAUUUAUGUAAAUGAUUAUUAUGGUUAAAAAGAAAUUGUGGGUGUCAGUGUCUUAUUUUAUGGGGGAAAUAAUGAAAUGGUAGAUUAACGUUAGUUAGAUUUGAUAAAUAAAAUCCAUUCAUAAUUAGGGGGUUCAUUAAAUUACGAUAUGAGGGUGGUGUAUUCAGAGAUGAAUAAAUCAUGCGCCUAUCGAUAUGCCGACAACUUACGCAUUGGGCGGAUUUUUCUCACGGCUGCAGACAGGAAGUAUGAUUGCCGUGUGUCGGUGUAUUCAAAGCGCACUAUCUGCGUUUUGUAUUGUAGUAGAGAUUGCUAAUAGUGUACAGCAAACUGUCUAAGACCGAGUGAAUAAACUCCAGCACACGUCAAGCGAUUAAUUCUUGACAUGCGUGUGUUUUGUACAUUGAAUAGGAACUUUAUUUAUGACAACAAUGACAUGAUUUUACAUUCGUAAAAUCAGGAAUUCGUAAAAUCGGGGUGCGUAAAUGAGGGGUUCUACUGUAUAUCAAUGUGAUAUUACAUCACGAUGUCCAUAUAUGGAUGUGAUAUGACUUUAUCAUGUCCAUAUAUAGAUAUGAUAUGACAUGUCCAUAUAUGGGUGUGAUAAAUAAUAAUAAGAAUAAGUAAGAUCUGUAUAGCGCUCGUAUCCAUUUUUUAAAGAAAUGUUUAAAGGCGCAUUGCGAAAAUAAACAGUGGAAAAAGAAAAAUAAGCCAGUAAAUAUCUUACAAACCAACAAGAAGCAGAGGAACCAGCAUUACUGCUGGUUCAUGACUCAUAAUGAUAUGAUAUCAUCAUGAUAUCAUGUCCAUAUAUGGGUAUGAUAUGACAUUAUCAUGGGGAAAAUCUAUGUUAUAGUGUGGAUAGAGCUCUCAAAGAAUGGUUGCUGUGGGAAUUGAACCAGUGAUCUUCAGAGUACUCUUGAGUCGAUAAACCACCGUGGUUGACAAUGGUAGUUCCUAGCAGCAAAUCUAGCUAUCUUUGCUUAGAAGACUCAGAUAGAUUCUUGUAUCAUGUCCAAUCAAAAAAGGAAAACUAUACUGUAAUGUAGACCUGAAUUAAUUUAUGUCAACUCAUGAUAGAUCCGCUUUAUAAGAAUGGAUGACUUUAAAAAUGUCAAUCCUGUGACAAUUUUUGCAAGUCAUUAAAUUAGUCAAUCAUCAAUAAAGAAUUCUUUUAUAAAAUACAAAUGAAAAGCGUAGAAAUAUUGCAGAGUAAUGUAAAGACAUAAAAGCCUCACUUGCACUACUAAACAUUUCUGUGGUAAACUAUGGAAAUACACAAUGUUAAAAGACAAAUCUAAAAUUGACCCAUUUCAUUUUCAAGUUGAAGGAUUUCUAAAAACAUUGCAAUCAAAACUUUUUGGCGAUUGCAAACACAAUCCUUGUAAUAUUAUGGAAGUUUUACUGGCUUCAGGGUGGUAUGUUUGAUUUUUACACUGGCAUGCAUAUAGCCCAAGGGGUGCAUUUUUAACAAGAGGACCCAUUGUUUCAAGGCAUCCAUGCUGUAAACAGAUUAAAAUGCUGGACAGAUUAGCCAGACUUUACUAAACAUAAGAGAAAAAAAUAUUUACUGUACUAGUAUAAGAAAACAUCUCAUUUUGAAUCUCACAAAUCAUUCACUGAAGUUCUGAGGCUCGUUUUUGGGAUGUUUAUUGCUCUGAUUGUUGUCUCAAUAAAAUUAAUUAAUUAAUUACAUUAAGCUCUGUCCAGACUCAAAUUUUCUUUGACAAAAAACUUUUGUAUGCACAUAUAGUCAUGAUGUGAUG